AUGUCAAAAGCAACGACAGCUCCUGAUCUCUCUUCGCCUUCAAAUAACCCUUCCGCAACAAUAACAAUAGAAGCUAGUGAAUUAUUAAAUCAAGAAAAACCAAAUAACGACGAUUUUAUGCAAAAUACUUUUGGCGCAGUUUAUUCGUCAUUAGCAUCAAGUUUAAGUAAAUCUUUUGAGGUGAUAAAAACAAUGAAUUCUGCAAUGGAACAAUUUCUUUUGUCAAAUCUUCAGAUUUUUCAACAUUUAGAAUAUAACGAAAAAAAUUAUUCUGGUUUAUUAUUGAUCACUAUUUCUAAUAAAAGUCCAAUCCCCAUCUCAAAUAUAUGUUGUGAAUUGAUUUUUGAGACAAUAAAUGAACAGAUAAUAAUAGACCCUGAUUUAGAACAUGUGGAAGCAUUGGUUCAAGAUUUGAAAGACAGGAGUUCAACUCGAGUCACUUAUUCAAUAUUCAAUAAAUCAAAAUUGGAUGCUGGUUUAUCAUCAUCGUCUUCACCUAAAAAUUUUACACUAUCUCCUUUAACAGAAAUUGUAGAAAAAUUGAGAAUAAUGGAAUCUAACAUAAUCAAGGGUAAUAACAUUUAUGCAAGGGUAAUUAUUAGAUUUCCAAGUCCUGGUACUAAUAAAGAACUAUGUAAAGAACAUAGAUUUUUGAUUGAAUGGGCCAAUCAUGAAAACAAUAUCAUUUGA